AUGGGAAAGAAAAGGGAAUUUGAACCACCAAUUCCGACCAGGAUGGGAAAGCAUAAGAGAUCCAAAGGACCUGAUACCGCUAACAAACUUCCUCAAGUUACGCCGCAUACACGUUGCAAACUUCGCUUGUUGAAGCUUGAACGGAUAAAAGACUAUCUCUUAAUGGAAGAGGAAUUUAUUAAAAACCAGGAACGUCUCAAAACAGACGAAGAAAAGAAUGAAGAGGAAAGAUCAAAGGUUGAUGACCUUCGUGGUACUCCAAUGUCAGUCGGUACUCUUGAGGAGAUAAUUGACGACAAUCAUGUCAUUGUGUCUACUUCAGUUGGCAGCGAACACUAUGUCAGUAUUCUCUCAUUUGUUGACAAGGGCAUGCUGGAACCUGGCUGUUCUGUUCUCCUUAAUCAUAAAGUUCAUGCUGUUGUUGGUGUUUUAACUGAUGAUACAGAUCCUAUGGUGACUGUUAUGAAACUCGAGAAAGCCCCACAAGAAACUUACGCUGAUAUCGGCGGUCUUGACGCUCAAAUCCAAGAAAUUAAGGAAUCAGUGGAAUUGCCUCUAACCCAUUCCGAACUCUACGAAGAAAUGGGUAUUAAACCUCCUAAAGGUGUUAUACUUUACGGCCCCCCUGGGACAGGCAAAACACUCUUGGCUAAGGCCGUUGCUAAUCAGACCUCGGCAACUUUUCUUCGUGUUGUCGGUUCUGAAUUGAUUCAGAAAUACCUUGGUGAUGGACCUAAACUGGUUCGAGAACUUUUCCGUCUAGCCGAAGAAAAUGCUCCCAGUAUAGUUUUUAUUGAUGAAAUUGAUGCCGUCGGUACAAAGCGCUAUGACUCAAACUCUGGUGGUGAAAGGGAAAUUCAACGAACUAUGCUGGAAUUGUUGAAUCAGCUUGACGGUUUUGAUUCCCGCGGUGACGUUAAAGUUAUCAUGGCUACAAAUAGAAUUGAAACCCUCGACCCCGCUCUGAUUAGACCUGGUAGAAUUGAUCGUAAGAUCGAAUUCCCCCUACCGGAUGAGAAGACUAAGCGUCGCAUCUUCACAAUUCACACCAGUCGUAUGACUCUAGCUGAGGAUGUAAAUUUGGAGAAUUAUGUCACUUCUAGGGAUGAGCUUUCCGGUGCUGACAUUAAAGCUAUGUGUACUGAGGCUGGUUUAUUGGCUUUGCGUGAACGUCGGAUGAAAGUGACAAAUGAGGACUUUGAAAAGGCUAAAGAAAAUGUCUUGUAUCGCAAGAAUGAGGGUACUCCUGAGGGUCUCUAUCUGUAA